AUGCUGUACAAGCACCGCUCGUUUGCCUCGAUCGAAGACCCGUACCUCGCCCACAUGCUGAGUGGACGUCUUCUACAUGCGGGGAUGCGCACAACUAUCCCCAUUGGGUUCAAGGCGCUCACCGCCGAUCUCAUGAACGCUGUUCGCUCGACGUCUGAGGGCAGCGCCGAGUAUAGCACCACAUAUCUCACCACUAACGCCGAGAAUGUUGCCAAUGUGGUGAAACUCUGUGUAGCAGAGCUCGGGAUUGACUGGGUCCAGGUAGUCGCCUUGUCUAGCAACACGACGGUGCUCAUGCCCCGUAUGGCAAAGCACUUCCUCGAACUUCAGUGGCAUCCAUGUCUCUCCCACCGCAUUCAGCUCAUCGUCGGUGACGUGCUCAAGGCGAUCCAGGUUGACAGUGAGCUGGAUCCUGCCUUGGUGCAGUCAGACUUGCCCUCGAGCUGUGAUACGACCGUCCUCGAGAUGGGCGGCAUAGGCGAGGACACAGACGACGAUGACGACGAAACGAGGAUCUACGCUGCCUCGUCUCUUAUCACCCGCUCGUCCAAGGCCAAGCGCACGAUGCUUCACUUCAUCAACAAGAAGAACAUCAAGGGUAAGUGCGCAUACAAGUCCGCGCUGAACUCAUUUGAGGUGGAUGUCCGACUUGGUCUCGUGACCGUGGAUGACAAACCGUCUCCACCCGUCCUGACGACAUAUACGUCGCUGCGGCCGGACGUGAAUACUCGCUGGGGCGCGACGGUGACUAUGCUAGAGCGGGCGUCGAGGAUGAAGAAUGCCGUAGAUUUCGUUUUGACUGAGAUCGCGGGUUCCCGGGCUGAGUUGGCCGCCGGUGAGUGGGUCGAGGUACAUGAUGCUGUGGAAGUACUCCUCACAAUCAACAACUCGUGCGUCAUGUCUCAGACGUGCCACGAUCUAGCAGAGCUCAAGAUCAACAACAAUGCUAUCCCCAGGAUCCAACAGCUGUGCGACAUCGCCAGCCAGGCAGUGUACAAACAGGUUGCGUACUUGUACAAAGAGGAUGCGUGCCUCUUUGCUCUCCUUAUUGACGCGACUGUCACCAAGGACGACCUCACGUACGUCCAGGGAGUUGUCGCCGACGCCAACAACUCGCUCGGUGUGCGCAAUUUGGUGACUGCUGGGGAGGUCCACCAUGACAUGUGGCGGCGCUUGGUAGACGUCCUCGAGCCCGAGCUCCUCGACGAUCUGUCCCCGCUCCCCUCUGAUAUCGCGUCGUCAUCGGGUGGAGCGAGCAACACGCUGCCGCAGCAAUCGCGGCACCCCACGUACUUUUCCCCGAACAUGUCUGCUGCCGGUGGGCCAUUCAAGUCGGUGGUGUCUGGAUCGGCGUCAUCGCUACAGGCGCGCUCACGGAUGGACGCGGAGCGCGAGGCGCGCGCUCGUAAAGUUGCCAAGCGCGAGAAGAACGCGAGGAAGCGCCUGCGCCUGCCUUGCUAUUAGCUUCCUUGCUGCCGCCAUGUUUUUGCUGAUAGAGAGGGAAGAAGCCGUACGCAGAAGACACCAUCACAACUACGC